ACAUCACCAGCAGCUUCAUCACCACCGCCUCUUGCCCUUUCCUCCUUAACUUAGUCCCUCCGGUCCCUCGAAAUACAGCUGCUGAACUAAUCACACGCGUUCCCACGCACAUCCAUAGCCAUGUCUUCCCCGUUCUCAAUAAACGGCGGCGCCUGCGUGGCCAUGGUUGGCAAAGACUGCGUCGCGAUAGCCUGCGAUCUCCGCCUCGGAAUGCAAGCCCUUACCGUCUCCAACAACUUCCCCAAGAUAUUCCAAUACAGCGACGUAUACCUCGGUCUAACAGGCCUCGCCACCGACGUGUCCACCGUCUCCGACCUCUUCCGCUACAAAGUGAACAUGUACCGGCUACGCGAGGAGCGCAAUAUCUCGCCGCAGACCAUGGCCAACCUCGUCAGCUCGAGCCUGUACGAGCGGCGGUUCGGACCGUAUUUCGUGUCCCCAGUGAUUGCGGGCAUCAACCAGACAACGGGGAAGCCGUUUAUCUGCGGCUUCGAUAGCAUUGGGUGCAUUGACUUUGCGAAGGAUUUCAUCGUCAGUGGGACCGCGAGUGAUCAGCUAUUUGGUACUUGUGAGGGGCUGUGGGAGCCGGAUCUGGGCCCGGAAGACCUCUUCGAGACGGUCUCGCAGGCACUGCUCAACGCCGUCGACCGAGACGCACUAUCAGGCUGGGGCGCACACGUAUACAUCAUCGAGAAGGACAAGGUGACGAAGCGGUUACUGAAGGGAAGGCAGGACUGAGGUGGUCGUUGGCAUACAGGGCUGCUGGUUGAACGGACACAACAUAGUUUUGGAGUCAUGGAAGGAUAUGGACGCUGCCUAAAAGGCUUCGACAUGGCAAUGAUCGAGGGAUCAUAGACGAAGGCAUAGGUAUCAUUUAGACGGGAGCCUUCUCGAGGGUAGGCGGACCGCAUAGCUCCAAUGUAGCCUUCAGCCGUUGCUCUCAACGUUUCUGGUCGUUCCAAGUUGUUUGAUAGGCUAGUUACCAGUUGCCUGCCAUUCUGGGUCAGUACACAAUAGCUAUCAGCCCAGUUAGCCCUGCGACCAAUCUAGGAUACGCGUUAGGCGCGGUCCACGGCAAGAAUCGUCAC